CGGCGAGCGGCGACCAGGGGCGAUAUAUAGCUGCACACACACAGGCCACAGUGAAAUUGAAGCUGAAGAGGAAAAAAUUCCCCAAAAAUCGAAAGCGGGGAAAAAGAAUCCCGGGAUGCCGAAGAUCACCUCGUCGCCGUCCCCCACCAUCUCCGCCAUGAAUCCCCUCCUCCCUUCCUCCACCUUCCCCAAAUCGCCCCACCCGCCGGACCUAAACCCUAGCGACCCGAAUCCUAGCCCCUGCAGUUACCUCCUCCACGCCGAUGCGGACGACGAGGCGCUGAUCCAAAUCCCCGGCCAGAACCCUAGCCUGGUGGGCGCCUCCGCGCCCUUCGCGCUGCUGCCGGCCAUCGACCCCUCCCCGCACAUCUCCUCGCAGUUCUACACCUUCAGCGCCGCCUCGUACGGGCUCAUGCUGCGCUGCAUCCUCGCCGGCCGCCCCGCCUCCUCCGACGAGGUCCGCGCCGCCACGUCGCUCUCCGUGCUCGCCUCGUGGCGGGCCGUCUGGAAGGACCGGAACGAGGACACCGCCUACCUCACCGCGUGGAAGCGCAUCCAGGACAAGCUCGCAGCGUCGGCCGACGGGCGGCACCUCCACUUCAAGACCAACGCCGCGCAGCGCGUCUCCCACGUCGGCAUGUGGAGGGACAUAGUCUCGGAGGCGCACGCCGACCCUGACCUGCUCCGCCACCUCGCGUUCAAGGACACCGUCGACCGCAUCAAGCAGUUGUGGACUGUGGGGGCUAAAUUCUACGGUAUUCCGGAAUCAUUUAUCCGCGUAUGUGUUGCUGCAUGCCCCGUUUGUAAGGCUGCACCUGCUGGGCAACCUGAUUCUGCCAUUUCAUCUCCUGGACGCGGGAAGCGGCGCCGCAGGUUUGAAUACACCGAGACGCUGGAUGUGCCUGCUCGAGAUGUCCCGCGCAGGUUACAGCAAUUGGCUGCCAAGCACAAGGUUGUCCUUUGUAUCAGGCAGAAAUAUAUAAGGUAUAAGCCGUUCAUGGCUGAGGUGAAGGAUUAUGCCUGCCACCGUGCUGGUUUCCCGACUUCAAGUGCUGGGACUGCUGCUUCCUCCUCAGCCAGUAAUUCUGAGGGUAAGAAGGCACGGGUUCUAAAACGAGAGCCAUACCAGUCAAAGAGGUGUGGUUGUGGGUUCCGUAUUCGGGCAAUUGUGCCAAUAGCCAAUUAUAAUGAAAAGGACAAGACUUUUGUGUACUUGGAGGAGGGCACUGCAGUGUUCAAGCUUUAUGCAGUGCACUCUGGGCAUGAGCCAGGCCCACUUGAUGGCAAUGCACGAAUUGUUCACAGGUUGGUUGGUCAUAAGGGGGCUCUUGAGUUUGAUCCAGACAUUUAUGGUGUCAAUGAGGAAGGGGAUCCUACCUUUUCAGCAAAGGGGGAUGAAGAUGUUGAUAUUGAUGAUUCGCAUCAGGCGGUCUUGCAACAAGUACGGGAUCUCAGAUCAGAAGUUCUCUUGCUAGAAGGGAAGGUGGGUAAGAUGCACCCAGAAUUGUUGGGGUCUCUGUCCACCGAGUUGUCUGACAUUUUGCACAGGAUUAGGAAGUUUAACUUGGAAGGUAAUGUCUAUCAGCCAGAGGAGACAAUGAUGGUAGGCAACGAAGAAGUCGGGGGAUGGGGGGCAGGAGAUGUGUCCCGCCAUUUAGACCAGCAUGAUGGAGCAUUCUGCAAGGAUGAUGAGAUGCUUGAUGAUGAUGAUACUGAUUUUGGCUCGAGCCUUGGACCUAUUGUCUCAUGGGAUAGGAUGGCAGCGGAGUGUGAAGAUAGAAAGAUGCUCAUGGGCGAUAGCCCAAAGUGUGACAAGUGGAUGCUGAAGGAUGAUGUGGGUGACUUCGACGCGAAAAGUAUUCUUAACUGUGGGGAUGAUGAUGGCGUGGAGGAUUCCAAGAUCAUCAAACCAUUGAUGCAUGAUGAUACCAUGGUAACUGACCCUAAUUUGGUAGGUAUUCAUGUAGAAGGAUUUUACACUGGAACAAAAUGGUAUGAUUCUCCAGUAUGUUUGGAUUCCAGUGUUGAUGCAGGUGAUAGUAGUUUUAGGCAUGGUGGAAUUGUGUGAGCUGUGAUAACCUGAUAGCUGAAGGGUCUUGUAAAUUCUGUAUACUAGAUGUAUUUAGCUCACACCAAUUUGAUGUAGUGCCUGUAGGUGGAGCUUUAGUCAAAAGUAACAUGUCUGCCCUAUAUACAGGCUGCAUUUAUCAAAUCAACUUUUGUUUAACUUGUAUAUAGUACCUGUAUUGGUUACUGGCUUGCUUCAAGAUAUUAAUGUUAUCUAUUCUUGAUUAUUUUUCUGUGUUAUUUUAUAUUUUGUUGGAUUGCUCUGUGUCACGACAGCACGUGAGCUUGUCAACAGUUUGGAUACAAUUAUGUGAGUUUUUUCUUUACUUCACAAUGUUGUAUCAGUCUCAUUGUUCUCGAUAUGUUGCACCUACUAUAUUAACUAUUAACUGCUAAGUAUCUAUGCUUAAUCUGUUCAUUUCCUUGUUCUGGACAUUUCUUGGAUGCAAAGAUUUAGAGACUUGCUCGUAUUUUUAACUUCUUUAUUCCCCUCCACCCUUCUGAAUUUUAAAAUUAUGCAUGAGAUAAUGAUACAAUAUUUUGUGUUAUGCAUCUACUGAGUCCAGUACAUGUCAUUUUUCCUCCAUAAUUCAACCUUCCUCCAUAAAUGGAUAAAUGUCAUUUCAAUGUUUGCAGUAUAAAUGCAGUGUAUAUUUUGCUGUGAAGUGGACUGGGGAACACAUGUUGUGGGCCAACGUCAUGUUUCGAAACUGUGUAUUUGCAACUGCAUGCUUCAAUUCUCUCACAUAAUUUGCUAUUUGAAAUAUGAUAGCGUAGUAAUAGAUAUGUAAAUGCUUGCUUCGGCACCUUGGGGAACUAACAAUACAGAAAAUUACACAAAUGAUCUUGCAUGUUUUGACUCUACAAAUCUGGUCCCUUUCUUCAAGGAAUGACGUAAAAGGUUAUUUCAUUCUGCUUCUCUGCCCUAUUAGAAGUUGUCUUGGGUGUCAGCGUAUGCAUAGUAUUGGAUUUUCAAGGAGUCACUUUAGUUAGGAUGACUGCAUCACACCAUUUCCUUUGCUGUAGCCUGUACAUGUUUUUGACCCUGGUGGAUUACUAUUCAUAAACCAUGUCAAUUGAUCAAGUCACUAACCAUUUGUUCUCGACUUUCAGUAUAUAGGUUCAUCAGCAAUUUGAGAUGUGCAGGCUUUCAACUUGGGAAUUCCUUCUGCUUAUUGUCAGCCACUGGCAUCAGAUGGCAUGCCAUCAGUUUGAGUUUAGGAGAACCUAAGUUCACUCUUUAUGUCUUUUCCAUCUAUGGUGCGGCAUUAUUUAGGAGCUAUAUGUUAGCAGGUUAGUGAAGGGCGGGCCUGGUGCAGCGGUAGAGCCUACCGUCUGUAACCGGAAGGUCCCGGGUUUGAGCCCCAGCCUCUGCACAUUUGUGUGGGUAAGGCUUGGGGCUUAAAGACAACCCUUCCCCAGACCCCGCACAGUGCGGGAAGCCUACGGCACUGGGUACGCCCUUUAUGUUAGCAGGUUAGUAAUUAGUGUUACAAUUUGGGCUCAAUUGCGGCAAAAAAGCAGGCACACCAAUGCUAACAAUGGAACUAGUGUGGUCUGGUUAAACAGUUGAGCAUAAUAUAGUGUAUUGAUCCCCUUUUUUUAAACUCUUAUAUGAUUCAUCUAGAUCCAUGAUUUUGAGGGAGGAAAUUCAUAGCCAUACUUCACAUUCUUUCCUAAAUUAAUUGAAACAUUCUGUUUAUCGAAUCAGGGUUAAGAUGCUAAACUGAAUAUCUGGAGAUAGCUUUUAUGUGGUAUGUAAUACGCUCUAUGCCUUUCCCAUUAACUGAAAUUGGCACUUGCAGCGGAUUUUGAGCAACUUUCAUACAGCCUGACAAUGGAUGUGAUGAAAUUGGUAUUUAUAUGAUGGUAUGGCUGAUGUAUUCAAAGUGGAGGUUCCUGCAUGAGUUAAUAUAUCUGAACUAAGGUAAGAAGUGGCUGUAGUUUUUUUUGCAACACUCUUCUGAGAAUACAAGGCUUAUCCUAGAUUAUACAACAAGCCUGAUUUCUGGACUUUUGAUGGAAGCUAAGCCCUUCUGAAUAAGCAGCACAAGGUUGAGUUGCUGCAUGAAUUGAUAUAUCUGAAGUGAGGAAUGAUGGGAAUUGGGAAGAGCUGAGCUAUAGUCCAUUGAUGAGGACAUCAACACCAGCGAUACAUCCACACCAACACCAACACUGCUUGGGCCUAUUACUCGUGCUCGUGCCCGUGCCCGUCAACUCCAUCAAGGAAGCUCAUUCUUAAGCUCUUGUCCAUUAUAUUUAGACGAUCGAAACGCGCACGCUUCUGUUUUGCUCAGGUUCAAUGGAGAGGAUAAGAAGGGGAGGGGAUUUGCGUGGGCUGGAUUUGGACAGCAGGACAGCACCAGUUUGUGACGUCGGCCCCGACCUCAUCCGGACUCCGAUUGAAGAGUUCAAGCACACCACAGAAAGCUUAUGAAGUCUACUUUCAAGCGAAUAUGAAAACUCUAAGAUAUCUGUUCAGAGUUGGGCGCAAUCCUUGUUUCCUUUCAGACUGACGCUCUGUCCAUGGUGCUGCGCCACCAAUUAGGCCCAAUGGGCCAUGUACCCCGUGGAGCCCAUCAAGGGCGCAUCCUAAGGUUGGAGGGGAGCUUCUCUGGUCGCCCUCCCGGUACUUAUACCCCCCAGCUGCCGUCAUGGAGGGGUGGGUUUUGUUUAUCACGAACUAGCAGCUGCUACUCCUCCUGGAACGCGCGUGCUCAUCCAGCCGCCUGUUUCCUUGUAUUCAUAACCCUGCAAUCGUUCAAUCCAGGCUGAGUUCUUGUUUU